CGGCCAUUCCGAUCAAGAGUACCUGCUUACCUCCCUUACAUUUGUCAGCCAUUAUUUACGAAAUCAAAACCAAAUCGCUUUUAUUGAGGAUUUCGAUCACGAAAUAAUCGACAAUCAACAAACGAUUGGGAACUUCACAUAAACAUCCUUAUGCCUCGCUAUUAUGAAGCUGAAGAAGAAAGUUCUAGUAUCUGGAAACCUGCAUGUUCUGGCUUGCGUGUGGAGUUACAGGAAUGUCUAGCUGAAAGUGAUUGUUACAAAAAGGAUGGCCACACAAUUAGAGAAUGUGUAGCCCUUGGAAAUCAUCCAUCUAUCCCUAAUGAGUGUAAUGUUUUGAGGAAUUCUUUUUUUGAGUGCAAGAGAUCUUUACUAGACAUGCGAACACGGUUCCGGGGCCGGAAGGGUUAUUAACAUAUGUUAUAUUAAUUAUGUAAUUUAAAUAAAUGUUUAAUAUUUUAAUACUU